AUGCAAAACCGACCUCCUCCAAACUUUCAACUUUCCAACUGUCAAGGACGCAAGCGAGCAUUAUUGAUUGGUAUCAACUACUUCAGAUCGCCAAAUGAACUCAAAGGCUGUAUUAACGACGUACACAAUUUGAAAGAUUUCUUGAUGAAGUUGUACAACUUCCGUGAGGAGGAUAUGAUUAUUCUGACAGAUGAUCAACGGGACCAACGGUUUAUUCCAACAAGAGCAAACAUGCUUGCCGCCAUGGAAUGGCUUGUGCGGGAUGCACGACCGAACGACUCUGGACACGGUGGCAGAGUCAAGGAUACAAAUGGUGAUGAAGAUGAUGGAUGGGAUGAGACUAUUUAUCCUGUGGACCAUCAGAUGUUUCCCGGAAAAUCGGGCCAGAUUGUUGACGACCAAAUGCAUGAUAUUAUGGUACGCAGAUUACCACCUGGUUGCCGUCUCACGGCUAUCUUUGACAGUUGCCAUUCUGGAACUGCAAUGGAUCUGCCAUAUGUUUACUCGACACAAGGCACAUUGAAGGAAACAAACGUCUUUAAGGACGCAGGCUCGGGUUUGAUGAAUGCGGGUAUGGCUUAUGCUUCUGGAAAUAUUGGUGGUGCGCUUUCAAGCGUCAUGUCCAUUGGAAACAAGCUGUUGAACGGCAAGUCGGUGGAUGAUCGUGUCAAACGGUUCAAGAGCUCAGCAGCCGAUGUGGUCAUGUUUUCGGGUUGUAAGGAUGAACAGACUUCUGCAGAUGCCUUUGAAGCGGGUCGAUCGACGGGCGCAAUGUCUCACGCUUUUACGAGUGCAUUGAGGGCCAAUCCACGUCAAUCGUAUCUUCAGCUUCUGAACUCGGUUCGAACAAUUCUUCGCGAAAAAUACUCUCAACGACCUCAACUCUCAAGCUCACAUCCUAUCGACGUCAAUCUGUUGUUUAUCUGCUAA